UUGGGAACGUUAGCAUGACUGCGGUACGCAACGAGAGGGUGUUGCUCAACUUACAGGCACGGGCUCUGAUCAGAAGUGGCAACUCGGCGUACCCAAGAAGUAUGCGCAAACGCGGAAUGACAGGAAGAAUUCCACCUUCGAGGGCGAAAUGAAAGGACGCACGUCCCAGCUUGAAGCUUGCGUCUGUGUUUGCUGCUGAAGGACUCAGAAGAAAGCGCGCCUCCCACUUUGCAGCUUGGCUCCCGAAGUCACCGGGAGAAGUUGUUUGCGUCUCGAACACGCUUCCGCCGUGCAGUCGCGCCUAGAGCCAGGUCAACGGGCACAGAAAUUUCUUGUCUCCGUCGAGCAAGCGAUGUGUGAUGUGAAGCAGGUAGAGAUGCACCUCGAGCAGGUUGUUUCUGGUGCAGCAGUACAAAGCCGCAAUAUUGUUGCUGGUCGAUGCAGGAAGGAAGGCAAUGCCUCAGCAUGGAGAACCGAGUUCAAGACUACGGACAAUACUGAUCCACCGCACUAUGUCCUAGUGCCAUACUCCACUCUUCCCGAGGAUGCUUCGGCUAAGGACAAGGACAAGAUGCAUCAGGAGCUGGUCCGUAUCUACAACACCUGGCCAUGGGAAACCGAUGAGGUGGACAUUCCCCUCAGACGGGAGAUCAUCGCAUCCGCAGCUUCCAACGUCCUCGCGCAGCCACGACAGGUUGACGAUGUCACCCACAGCAACACGGUCACAUACCAAACGAAAGUCCACUACAUCGACCAGGAUACUGGUGCUCACAAGAGACUCAAUGUCUCUGCUACGGCUACUGAUGAGCAGAUGAGCCAAGUCGAUGUUCCUCGUUUGCCUGUCAUCAAUGUUCGCAACACUGGCUCCGGCACGAUCAGCCGGCGCGAUCCUGACAACCCAACAUAUUUGCCAGCGCCAACAUUCGAGAAGAAGAAGCUUGGAAAGAAGCAGAAGUCAUCACGGGCCUCCCAACAGAAAGCCGAAGAUGCUGUCUAUUGGUUAUCUGCUCAGCUUCAAGGCCUGAUCACCACGGAGAGUCGCAUCAAGGAACUGCAGGUCAUGUAUCGGCAGCAGAUUGGUCUGCAGAGAGGGACAGCCACCCAACAGGGUAUGUAUGGCGGCGAGGCUCCAUUGUAUCGGACCUCAGUCUUGAGAGCACGAGCCUGCAGCUACGUCUCUCCCACUACGAAGGUGUACGGAGAUCUGGGUCUUCCAAAAGGCGCACUCCAACUCACUAUCCAUUCCAUGAAUGCAAGCCGCACGACUCCGGUGCUGGAAACUAUUGUCCAGCUCUUUUGCGCUGGUCAGGACAUUCGAUUUGCAUGGAUUGAGGCCGCGAAGACAGCUGACUGUGUCAACAACGACAUCGCCGAUGGUGUGCCUCCCUCGUCGCGAUGUGAUUGCGACGACACUUCUGGCAACGAGAUGCACGUUUGCGAGAGUUGCACGCGGCCUGUCUUUUGCAAGUCACGCAGCUAUGACAGUCUUGGUCGACUGGUCUGCCCAGCCUGUUACAGACGUGACCAAGCCUCGUUCAUGAGCAGUCACUCGUCUUAUCAAUCUCUUGCAUCGUACUUGGCGUACAAAUCUCUCUGGAACAGCUUCAGACGGAAGUGUGCAGUCAGAGGUUUCGAUCCACAGGAGAAAGAGUGCAAGUCCAUCUUCGAGACCGCUUGGACUUCGCUCCAGAUGCAACUGCCAAACCAUGGCAAAGUCAAAGGCCUUCCAGAAGAUCAGCUCACGACCUAUGUGGACCAGUGGACUGGUCUUACGCACGAUAUCGGCGAGGAGCGGACCAACAUUGGACGCAAUCCAUCGCACCGUCGAUUCGUGCCCUUCGGCAUCACGGUUGACGCCAUCGAGAGACAGGGUCGUCCAAAGUAUCAGAGUCUGAAGCAUUCUAAGGACAACUUGAAAAUCACAUCGAUCACCUGCCAAUAUGCGAAGGGACAAUUCCUUCCAGGCGUCAUCCACGAGAUUGGCGAGUUCAAGCGGAAGAGUGACGAAGAGCAGUCCUCUCCACAAGCGCAACAACAAUUGAUCGACAAGAUGACAUCUAUGGCACUGGUUGUGCUCAAGCGGCCUUUCAUCAAUUCGGGCAGAGGUGCUCUUAUGGCGAAGUGGGACAAGAUUCACGCUGAGUCUGUCGCCGGAGCACCUACACCGAAUGAGCCCGGACCUUGGGAAGAUGCUGCCAAGCGAUUUGUGCAUCCGCAUAAGAGUGUCCCGGCAUACGAUCCCGCUGACACUGAAGGCAGCGCAUGGAGCGGCGGUGUCUGGGAGAGCCUUCAGAAGUGCGCUCAGUCUAUGGAGAAGUAUUUCGGCAUCACACUCCAUCAGCUCAGUGAUGGCACUCGUUGGAUGGGUACAAAGGACAGCAAUCCUGAGGGCCUCGACCGCAAUGGAGUGGCGAUCCUGUGUGAUGAGCGCCUGGCUCGUAUGCGCACAGUCUGCAACAAGAAGUGGCAGACGAAGGACACUGCUGUCACGCUGUACCUCGAGAUCAUAUUCCAGUACUGCUGCUCCAACACUCCGAAGGCCGACCUGCAGCACUUGAAGAAGAAGUAUGGUGAUCGACUACACCUGCCGCUGGUGCUGGCUGUUUGUUCGCCACUCCGCUUCAGUGUCGCUCACCGCACUCAUGGGUUCGGCAUGCUGAGUGGCUGGGUCUCAGAGCUACCAACGGACGUACAGGAGCGAAUCGACAACGAUGGUGAGAACAACAUGCUCAUUGAGUCGUGGUAUCUCAACAGUGCAAAGCAAGACAUGACCGAGGAGUACUACCCUGUGCUUGACAACAUCCUUUGCCACGGCAAUAUUACCGACAAGGCCAUCUACAACCCCGGCACUGUGCCAAUGCCAAUCUACGGUAGUGAGCCUUCGACUGGUGAGCUCGACAACAUCGAAGAUACAUAUGCUGGACCCAUGCUGGAUGCAGCUGCGGUGUCUGACGAUGAUGGCACUGCUGCCGAGACCAGCGCGGAGCAAGGUGAAGAGACUGUGGGUGAAGGCCCUGGUGACGAAGAUGUUGAAAUGGGUGAGGGCACUGGUGUCAUUGGUGAGCCUGUAUCUCAACUGCAGCAGGGGGUUGAAAUGGCUCGCAAUACGGUUCUUGGGAACCCUCAACUGGCAGCAUUGUUACAGAACGACCCUGAGCUGGAGGAGCUUUUGGAUAACAUGCAGGCUAUCGCAGACGAUCCAAGUAAUCCUUCUGCACAACAGGACAUGGAUCAGGCGAUGGGAAGACUCUACGACGAGUACAUCACUCCAGCGACAGCGGGGAUGCAGGACGACUGAAUGUUGAGACGAGUCUGAUGGUUCUAGAAGGAUGGCGUGGAGACUCAUGAGGUUGACAGAUCUAUCUUCUCCGCAGGGGAGGGUUUACACAGUGAUCGGUUGGCAAAUCUAUCUUCUCUGCAGGGGAGGGUUCAGGCGG